GCAACAAUUCACUGGUUGAUGGUUUAAUGGUCGAUCAUUUGCCCCUUCAAUUAAUUACUUCAACAGCCAGCUCAAAAGGAAACCUUGACAUAGAAAUCGAUAUACAAUUGUUAACCAGCGAUUACGAAGGAAGUACGAUAACGACAUAUUUUAAUGAGACAUCAUGGAUAAAUCCCUCAGAAACCGAUACGAUAGUGGGUGAGGAUCCCGAAGUGGAGUCACUUUUAUCAUUAGUUGUUGUUGGCAUUUUCCUAUCUGUACUAAUAUUCUUGUCAAUUGCCGGAAAUAUACUCGUCUGCCUUGCCAUCUAUACAGAACGCAGUUUGCGUCGUAUUGGGAAUUUAUUUCUAGCAUCAUUAGCAAUUGCGGAUUUAUUUGUGGCUUCGCUGGUGAUGACAUUUGCUGGAGUUAAUGAUUUGUUGGGUUAUUGGAUUUUUGGUGCACAAUUUUGUGAUACAUGGGUUGCCUUUGAUGUGAUGUGUUCAACGGCAUCCAUAUUAAAUUUAUGUGCAAUAUCCUUAGACCGUUACAUACACAUAAAAGAUCCACUGAGAUACGGUCGAUGGGUGACAAGACGUGUAGCUGUCGUCACCAUUGCUGCCAUUUGGCUAUUAGCCGCCUUUGUGUCAUUUGUGCCAAUCUCAUUGGGGUUGCAUCGACCCGAUCAACCGUUAAUUGUGGAGGAUAAUGGCAAAAAGUAUCCAACGUGUGCAUUGGAUUUAACGCCAACGUAUGCAGUUGUGUCCAGUUGUAUCAGUUUUUAUUUUCCAUGCGUUGUGAUGAUUGGCAUUUAUUGUCGACUUUACUGUUAUGCUCAAAAACACGUGAAAUCCAUCAAGGCUGUAACAAGGCCAGGCGAGGUGGCGGAAAAGCAACGUUACAAAAGUAUACGACGACCCAAACCUCAAGAGAAGAAAAAGUUUAAAGUACGCAACCUGCAUCAUAGUUCACCAUAUCAUGUGUCUGAUCACAAGGCAGCCGUAACGGUGGGUGUCAUAAUGGGUGUAUUUCUCAUCUGUUGGGUGCCCUUCUUUUGUGUGAAUAUUGUGGCUGCCUUCUGUAAGACGUGCAUAGGUGGCCAAACAUUUAAGAUACUCUCAUGGUUGGGCUACUCAAAUUCCGCCUUCAAUCCGAUUAUCUACUCGAUAUUCAACAAGGAAUUUCGUGAUGCUUUCAAACGCAUUCUGACAACGCGUAAUCCCUGGUGUUGUAAUCAAGACAUUGGCAAUAUACAUCCACGCAAUAGUGAUCGUUUUGUCACGGACUAUGCCUCGAAACAUGUGGUGGCCAUGAACUCUGGUCGUUCGUCGGCUGAAUUGGAACAGGUGUCUGCAAUUUGACCAACAAAACGAACCAGCGAUUAUGCCUCAUCAUUGGUAUGUUGUGUUUCCGGCUCAGCAGAUGCGACUUCAUUGACGAUUACGCCGUAUGGUCCCUGAGAUUCGGUAACAGUGGCUUCUACGA